AGCGGCGCUGCUGCUCGUGCGCCGGCGUUAAAAAGCAGCGGGCGGCGCGCUGGGGCCACAGUGUGGGGUGUGUGUGGAGCAAGAGACACUGAAAAGUUAGUAGCGGAUUUUUUUCUUGCGUCUGACCUGCAGCAGCAUCAGUUGAGAGCAUCAUCAUGGCAAACAAAGCACAGCAGCCUCCUCACCUGCACCUGGCCGAGGUCACCGCGUCCCAGUUCCUCGACAUUUGGAAACAUUUCGACGUAGACGGUAAUGGCUACAUUGAAGGAAAGGAGCUGGAGAACUUCUUCAGGGAGCUGGAGACUGCCCGGAGAGGAGCUGGGGUGGACCCUUCAAACCCCAUUUUCAGAGAAAAGAUGAAGGAGUUCAUGCAGAAGUUUGACAAGAACAAAGAUGGACGCAUUGAGAUGUCAGAGCUGGCCCAGAUUCUCCCAACUGAAGAGAACUUCUUGCUCUGCUUCAGACAGUUUGUCAGCUCCAGCGCUGAGUUUAUGGCGGCAUGGCGGCGAUAUGAUACAGAUCGCAGUGGCUACAUUGAAGCAAAUGAACUGAAGGGCUUUCUGUCAGACCUGCUGGAGAAGGCUAACAGACACUACGAUGAUCAAAAGCUGCAGGAGUACACACAGACCAUUCUCAGGAUGUUUGAUCUGAAUGGAGAUGGGAAACUGGGCCUUUCAGAGAUGGCAAGGCUUCUCCCUGUUCAGGAGAAUUUCCUUCUCAAAUUCCAGGGUGUCAAGUUGACUUCUGAGCAAUUCAAUUCCAUCUUCACAUACUAUGACAAGGAUGGGAACGGUUACAUUGAUGAGCAUGAGCUGGAGGCUCUCCUACGAGAUCUUUACCAGACAAACAAGAAGGAGAUGGAUGCAAAGAGCCUGCAGGGCUACAAGGAGAGCAUCAUGAGCCUCUCCGAUGGAGGAAAGCUUUACCGUGGCGAGCUGGAAAUUGUCCUCUGCAGAGAACCAAUUGUGUGACUCUUCUUCCUCUCCUCUUGCAUAUCUUUGUUUCUCUGCCUGCUUUGCCCUCUUCUCCUGAGACCACACCUACAUUCAGCUGAGCAACAUAUACCAGGUGCAUGUGCCAGACACCCCCUUCCCCAUUCAUUUCCCAAAUUACUCCCCUUCAUAAUAUGACAAUUUCUGAUUGAAAGAUAAGUGCACUGUCAGCACGCAGCAGCUCUUGUUCCUCAAACCCUUAUUUUGUGAAAACUGACCUUCCAAACCACCUAACCACCUUGAUUUUUACCCUCAGACUCUCCUCUCAGUUCUCAGCUCAUCCCCAUCCAUGCUGUGCCUGACUUGCAAAUCCUGACCAAAUGUUCAAACCCCUAACUCCACAGGAAUAAUAAUCCUUGACCCUGUCUUCAUUUCCCUUAAUUCCCUGUCAACUUUGCAUUAGAUAUACAGUCAAACAAAACUGCAGACAGAUGUGUUUGAUUGGUUGUGACUAUAAUCUGUGAUUUUUCCAUCUCUCCUCCUGAAACUAUCUUCCAUUAAAACUAUUAUGUAUCAUUUCCAGGAUAUGAUUUUUCAUAUUCCAUGUUUGUUUUUGCUGAUACUGUCAACUGAAAAAUAUUAAUAAAACAUCUUCAGAUAAAAUCGC